GAAUUCACAAGUAUGGAAGUGAAACUGAUGUGCAUGGGGCACAAACCAGUGCGAAGUAAUUGGACAAUGUUGAGAAGGAAUAUGAUAUAUUUUCUGCUGAGGUAAAGGCACGAAUGCACAUAAAAAACAAAAGAUAACAGAAAUAUCAUCAGUAGCAGCUUUUCUGAUUCACUGAAAGUCCCGGGGGAAACAGUAUCUGCUUUGUUCGGAUCUUCAGAAUGAUGAAACGGAGUGUUUUCUUUUUGCUGCUCCUCCUGAGAACGACUUUGGUUUCCACUUAUCAAAAUCUGGCUACGCGUGGUAAAGCAACUCAGUCAACCUGUUACCCGCAUCCCAGGGCAUCUGCCCUCAAUGCAAUCGAUGGAAACCGUAAUUCUGACUUUAUGGCGGGGUCGUGCACACACACUAAUGAACAGACCAAUCCCUGGUGGAAAGUGGACCUGCUUCAGUCCUACAUCAUCACGUCCAUCACCGUCACUAACAGAGGAGACUGCUGUCAUGAAAGGCUCAACGGGCUGGAGAUCCACAUUGGCAACUCUUUGGACAAUGACGGUUUAGAUAACCCAAAGGUUGGUAGAAUUUCUCGAAUUCGUUUGGGCAAAUCCUCCAAUCUGACUUUUACCAAUCGUGUGGAGGGACAGUAUGUAACUUUGACUGUGCUCGGUUCACAAAGGAUCCUCACACUCUGUGAAGUGGAAAUCUAUGGAUACCCUACUCCAACUGAAGAGAAUCUUGCACUCCAAGGAAAAGCCACACAAUCCUCACUGUAUGCAUUUGGCAACGCAUUUAAUGCCAUAGAUGGAAAUCGUAACAGCAAAUGGGAAGAUGCCUCCUGCACUCUCACACAAAAAUCAAUGAGCCCCUGGUGGCGACUUGAUCUGCUCAAAACACAUAAAGUGUUUUCUAUUAAUAUAGUAAAUCAAGAUUCUCUUCCAGAACGACUCAAUGGAGCCGAGAUCCGCAUUGGCGAUUCCCUUCACAACAACGGGAACAACAACUCCAGGUGUGCUGUGAUCACAAGCAUCGCUGGAGAUGUUGUUGCUAAGUUCACAUGCAAUGGGAUGGAAGGCCGCUAUGUUAAUAUUGUCAUUCCCGACAGAGAAGAGUUCCUGAGUCUGUGUGAGGUCGAAGUGUACGGCUCUAGGCUGGAUUAAACAACAUAAAAACAAACAAGAAGCUUGCACACUGCAGAAGUUUAAUAUUAGGUAUUUAUUGCAUGCCAACAAAUAUUUGGCAUGCAAACUUCCCAUCAGCAGAUGAACCUGCUCUACCACCUGAGCUACAGGCACCCUCUGACUCUGCCCCUCGUUGUGGCAACGAUGUGCAUGAAUAUUUCAUAUGUAUGCUACAUUAGGACUGUUACAGUAAAAUAAUUACUUUGAUUCUAUGUAAAACAUGUUAUGUUUCUUCUAACUGUUGAUUGAAGUAAAACAAUGUGAUAUUCUAGUAUGUGACAUUAGUGUGUAAUUACAGUACAUUUGAUUUUUCGACAUCUCAAUUCUCACUGGAUGUUUUGGUUGUUUUUUUCGAAGUUUUGUCAUAAGCAUUUCAUGUGCUGCAAGAAAAGUCUGAUUUUAAUCACUGCUAAAAUUAAAUUAUUUAAAAAUU